AUGGAUUAUAGAUAUUAUAUUGGGCAUUUGUUUCUCCUCCUUAGUCUUACUUAUCUUCCGGUGAAAUGUUACUCAUCGUCUCAAGAUGAUCUAAAGACUUAUAUUGUCUACACUGGAAACAACAUCAACGAUGAAACUUCUUCGUUGUUCCUUUACCAAAAUAUGCUACAACAAGUUGCAAAGAGUAAUUCUACACCAAAGUCCGUACUCCACCAUUACAAGCGUGCCUUCAGUGGAUUUACGGCAAAACUAACAGUGGAAGAAGCCGACAAAAUGGUUGGAUUUCCUGAAUACUUGGAGAGAGAACACAAUGAAUGUGAUGUCAUAACUGGAAUCAUUGAUUCUGGAAUUUGGCCGGAAUCAGAAAGUUUCAACGAUAAAGAAUAUAGUCCACCACCAAGCAAAUGGAAGGGCAUUUGCCAAGCUUCUGAUUUCGCCUGUAACAACAAAAUAAUUGGAGCUACAUAUUAUAGAAGUAUGUAUGGAGAUGACUUCAUUAAAAAUAUCAUAUCUCCAAGAGACACAAAUGGACAUGGGACUCAUACAUCAUCAAUAGCGGCUGGGAACCUAGUUAGCAUGGAAGUAGACAUUCUUGCCGCAUUUGAUGAUGCCAUUGCUGAUAGGGUUGACAUAAUAUCAAUCUCAAUUGGAGGAAAGAGGGACAAUAGUAAAUAUUUUAGAGAUGUAUUAUCCAUUGGAGCAUUCCAUGCAAUGCAAAAUGGAAUAUUAACUGUACUUCCGGCUGAAAAUUCAGGUCCACAACGUUCAUCCUUAACAAAUUUUUCACCUUGGGUAAUUGUUGUUGGUGCAAGUACCAUAGAUAGAAAGUUCAUAGGUCCAAUUAGGUGA